CUUCUCGCCAUCAUCAUCAACCUCCCUCUCCAUCGUCGGUCGUGAUCAUGAACCCCAACGCACGGUCAUUUGCCUUCAAUCCUGCGGCAUCAGGCUUCGUGCCUCCGCAAGCGCAGCAGUAUGGCCAACAGCAGCAGCAACAGCAGCAGCAGGGUGGUCAGCCUGACCCGAAUGCAGGCUACUAUGCGCAGGGUUUCGGUGCUCCACAGGGAGGCGCGCAGCAGCAGCCUUAUUACGGUGGUCAGCAGGGUGGCUACUACCAGGGAGGCUUCUCUCAGCAGCAACAGCAGCAGCAACAGCCAUACUACCAAGGCGGUUUCUCCCAGCAGCAGCAGCCUUCUUACCAUCAGCAACCGCCUCAGCAGCAACAAACGUCUGCUCUUCCUCCUCGUCCUUCCCCUGCCGGCCUGCCUCCGCGACCGGGACAACAAGCAGCAUCAUCUCAGACAGCUGACCGCAAGCCAGUCAGCAUGUCCAUCGGUGGCGGCGGCAGCAGUCAAUCAUCUUCACCGGCGCCUGCCGCUGACCGCAAACCUCCGGUCAGCAUGUCCAUUGGCGGCAGCAACGCUUCAUCGGUCAAGGCGGCUCCUACCGCAGCAGAGGAGAAACCCGCCGCUCCCUCGAAGCCAGAGGCCUCAGCGCCCGCCACUGCCCCCGCCGUCCAGGCCAUCAAGGCAGAGGAUGCCACGCCUGCAAACGCAGCUGCCCCGACGACAGACGGCGCUUCAGCAGCGGCAGCCGCCGCAAAGGCCGCUGCUCCUACAGCUUCGACGCCAGCAUCUCGUCCUGACUCGCCCGCAGUAGCAGCUCCCGUCAACAAGGGCGGCAAGGCUGCGAAGCAGUCCGCCAAGAUUGACACGAAGGUCGAAAAGGCGCAGAGCAACGCGGAAAAGGUCCUCGCCGAGGCAAAGCAAGCCACCGACGAGGAGACCCUCAAAGACCUGUUCGGUGACAAGGCUGAAGACAUGAAGUCGCACCUCAACGUCGUCUUCAUUGGGCACGUUGAUGCGGGCAAGUCAACCAUGGGCGGCAACUUGCUCUACUUGACGGGCAUGGUUGACAAGCGUACGCUCGAAAAGUACGAGCGCGAAGCAAAAGAGGCAGGACGAGAGUCAUGGUACCUCUCUUGGGCGUUGGACUCGACGCCGCAGGAGCGAGAGAAGGGAAAGACUGUAGAGGUUGGGCGUGCGUACUUCGAGACUGGCAAGCGAAGAUACACUAUCCUCGAUGCCCCGGGACACAAGACGUACGUUCCCUCAAUGAUCUCAGGCGCUGCUCAGGCAGAUGUAGCCAUUCUGGUCAUCUCAGCACGUCGCGGCGAGUUCGAGACUGGUUUCGAAAAGGGUGGCCAGACGCGUGAGCACGCCAUGCUAGUCAAGACCGCCGGCGUUCAGCGCUUGGUCGUCGUCGUGAACAAGAUGGACGAGUCUACCGUCCAAUGGAGCGAGGAACGCUACAAUGAGAUCACGGGCAAGCUCACUCCCUUCCUCCGUUCUGCGGGCUUCAACCCCAAGACCGACAUCACCUUUGUUCCCGUAUCUGCGUAUUCGGGGCAAAAUCUCAAGGACCCGGUACCCCCCUCCGUCUGCUCCUGGUACAAGGGUCCGUCCCUCCUCGACUUCCUGGACAACCUCUCCCUCGGUGAUCGCAAGAUCUCGCAGCCGCUCAAGAUGCCCGUCUCUGAGAAGUACAACGACAUGGGCACGGUCGUCGUUGGCAAGCUGGAGGCAGGCAAGAUCAAGAAGGGCGACUCCCUCCUCCUGAUGCCUAACCGCUCCAACGUCGAGGUGGUGGCAAUCUUCAAUGAACAAGAAGAGGAAGUACCCGCCGCCAUCUCCGGCGACAACGUUCGCGUUAAGAUCAAGGGCGUCGACUCUGAGGACGUCUCAGCCGGCUUCGUACUGACCGACCCUCGCGAGCCCGUCCAUGUCGUCACCCAAUUCGAGGCACAGCUCGCCAUCCUUGAGCACCGAAACAUCAUCGCUCCAGGCUACUCGGCAGUCAUGCACGUUCACACCCUCAGCGAGGAGAUCACCAUCCCGGCCCUGCUGCAUUACUACGACAAGAAGACGGGAAAGAAGAGUCGCAAGCCUCCGCAAUUUGCGAGGAAGGGAAUGAAGGUUGUCGCACUCAUCGAAUGUGCUGCUCCCGUCUGCCUAGAGAAGUUCAGCGAUUACCCGCAGCUGGGCAGGUUCACUGUGAGGGACGAAGGAAGGACGGUGGGCAUUGGUAAGGUUACCAAGCUGUAUGCUAGGGAAGCGGCUGGUGCUGGUGAUGGAGCUGAGAUGCCUGAUGUGGCCGCAAUGAAGAUUGCGGCGGCUACCAGGGGGGAGGCAGUGUAA